UAAUAAACAGUCUAUUUUUAUUUUAAAAUAUAAUAAUCAAUCGAGUCUAACUUUUAAUUUUAUAUAUACAAAUAGUAGCAAUGCCUUUACCACCGGCAUUAGCAGCACGCCUCGCUAAACGUGGUAUAUUAAACUCGAAUGGAAAGCCAAAUACUGACCAACAAGUAACACAAAGUACGGAGGAAAUUAUUGCUGAAGAUUAUGACAAUAAACCUGACGAAUCUGGUGUAACAGAGAACUUUUGGGAAGGGAUAGAAGGGGUAAAUGUUGAUCCUAUUAAAGGGCACAAAGGAUGCCCCAAUAAAAGCAAUAUAUAUCAUGAAUGUUCCAAGUUUUGUGUCAAAACGUGGAAACAAGGUAAAGCAACACCAAGUGAAAAAUAUUUGGAAGAUAAGAGAAAACUUUUAGAUAUAUGGCCUUUACCACCCGGUUGGGAAGAAGUUUACGAUGAGGGCACAGGCUAUUACUAUUUCUGGAAUGUUCACAAUAACUUAGUAUCGUGGCUUCCGCCGUCACAUCCAAAAGCUACGCCUUCUGAAAGCGCUGCGCAUUUGCGGGAAGAAAGAUUGCUAAAGGAAGGAGAUGAAAGUGAUGACAGUAGUGAAGCUUCAGAUCAAGAAGUUCCUCAAAGACAUAAGGAAAAACGACAUGAAAGGAAAGAGCGGAGACAUGAACCUGUCCACCAUAGAGACAAAAAGAAGCAAAGAGUCAAAGAUAACGAUCUUGAUCCUAUGGAUCCAGCAUCUUACUCGGAUGUGCCUCGUGGUAACUGGACUGCUGGAUUGGAUGCCCAUGCAAAGACUGGAGUGGAUACAACAGCUUCUGGAUGUCUAUUUCAGAUGAGGCCCUAUCCUGCUCCAGGAGCAAUAUUAGCUGCCAAUAAUUCACAUAAAAGGUCUCCUUCACCUAUUUAAUAAAAUUAUAAUCCAGUUGAUUAUAAUUUAUGAUAGUUGGUAAGAUAGGAUUGAAUUACUUGUAACAUAAAAUAAAUUGUCAGUGUAAGUGCAUUACUUAUUGGUUGGUUAUUAUUCCCCAAGUGUAUCCUAGACUAUAAUUUCAGCACCGAUGUCAUGUUUGUAUUAAAUAAAAUUCUGUAUAUUUAAA